UUUCUUGUUGGGACUAUGCUCUCUCUGGGCUCUUUUCUUCAAGCUGUUCUAUGGGUUGAGGCUUCUCUGUUCAGACUUGUCAAACUAGUUUCAUUUCAAGUGCUUGUAAUUCAUUUCCUUAUUUCUUCCAGCCGUAGACCUCUAAUAUAUCUAGAGAUGUCAUAUAGUUGAUUAGAAGGUCAGAUUGAGUGGGCGCACACCUUGAGAUCAUCUUCUUCCUCCUACAGAUAAUGUAUCGAGCGGCAGUAUUUGACAGCCGAAGCAGAGGUUUGAAACCAUGGAUGAUUGCCCUUCUCAUUGUACUGUUACUGACAGUGGUGGCUGUGGCUAUCGGUCUUAUGGUUCACUUCUUAGUCUCUGACCAGAAAAUGGAGUAUUAUCAUGCCACUUUUAAAAUUUCAGAUCUACGAGGCAACCGUAAUUCUGGACAAAACAGCCCAUAUCAGUUUAUGGAAUUACGGGAGAUUAGUGAAAAUCUGGUGGAUGAGACAUUUAUAGAUUCGGCCUUCAACAAGCAUUAUAUCAAGAACCAAGUAGUGAAACUGACUCCAGAGGAAGAUGGGACGACAGUAGAUGUCAUUAUGGUGUUCCAGUUCCCCUCUGCUGAGUCAAGUGCAGUGAGAAAUAGGAAAAUCCGCAGCAUCUUAGAUGAGAAGAUAAGGAACACAAGAGCCUUGUCAAUAAACACCUCAUCAGUAGAAGUUAAUGCAAUGAGCUCAUCAACAGGGAAGCUAACUGUCCAAGCAUGUUGUGGGAAACGAGUUGUUCCAUUAGUAAGCAACAGAAUAAUGUCUGGAGAGAUCGCGGGCAAGGCUGCCUGGCCUUGGCAAGCUUCUCUUCAGCAUAAAAACAUACAUCAGUGUGGGGCCACCUUGAUUAGUAAUACUUGGCUUGUUACUGCAGCGCACUGCUUUAAGAAUAAAGCAAACCCACGUCAGUGGACUGUUAGCUUUGGAACAAAAAUCAACCCUCCAUUAAUGAAAAGAAACAUCAAAAGAAUUAUUGUCCAUGAGAGGUACCGCUCCCCAGCAAGAGAGUACGACAUUGCUGUUGUGCAGUUCUCUCCCAGAGUCACCUUUACUGAUGACAUCCGUCGAAUUUGUUUGCCAGAAGCCUCUGCAUCCUUCCAACCAAAUUCAACUGUCUAUAUCACAGGAUUUGGAGCACUUUUUUAUGGUGGGGAAUCCCAAAAUGAUCUUCGAGAAGCCAGACUGAAAAUCAUAAGUGAUGAUGUGUGCAAGCAGCCACAUGUGUAUGGCAGUGAUAUAAAAUUUGGAAUGAUGUGUGCUGGAUAUCUGGAAGGAAUAUAUGAUGCCUGCAGGGGUGAUUCUGGGGGACCUUUAGUUGGAAAGGACCUUAAAGAUACCUGGUAUCUCAUUGGAAUUGUGAGCUGGGGAGAUAACUGUGGUCAAAGGAACAAACCUGGAGUCUACACAAAAGUGACUUAUUACCGAAACUGGAUUACUUCAAAAACAGGCCUCUAAUUCACUAUACAACUUAAACACUGAGAGCUGUAUGCAGGCCAUACAUGCAUGAGAAUUCAUAUAUUCUGUGGUUGUAGUACAAUGAAGUGAGAUUAAAUGACAUGAUUUAAUUCCGAAUCACUUUAAUCGACCAAAAAACCCAUGGCCAAUUUGUAAAGGAUUUAAAUUUAUAAGGUAGUGAGCCAGUUUAGCCUGGUUUGAAAAAUACAAUAGAGAUACUGAGCUUUUUAAGUCAGUGAGCUAGAGUAUAGAAGAGAAGCAAUGCAAAUUUUUGAGGAUAAUCCACAACAUUUUUAGGAUGUCUUUGUAAGGGAUGUCUUCUUAAACAAGAAACAAGAGAUUUUACAUAUUUUCUAGUUAUAAAUCCAUUGGAAGGAUUUUAAUUUUUAAAAAAGUUAUAUAUAAGAAACAAAGUAUGGUGAUAAGUUAAGCCAGAGAUCUUCUGACCUUUGUCUGCUGUGAAAUCUCCCUAAUUUUUCAGUGAUAAAGAUAACAAACACACACACAUACCCCCACACACAUGGGCACAUACAGAAUAUCCCUAUCUUCAGAUAUUCCCAGAAAAGUGUGAUUGAUAAAUAUAGACAGUAAUUAGCUAGUCAAAACGUAUUUUUGUUUCAAAUAUUUGAGGGAAUGUGAUAGUAACUUUAUGAGCUGUCCCAAAACAAUGGGAAACAUUUUACAGGUGCAUUUACAUGAUUUGACUAGCAGGGGGAAGCUUUGUAAAUUAUUGUUAAAGUUAAAUACCUAGAAAAAAAUGAGAAUUUGUUAAUAUGUUGAAGAAUUAAUGAGCAUUAUCUUUCCACAUGGGAUUCUCUGGUAGCUCGACUGGUAAAGAAUCCGCCUGCAAUGCAGGAGACCCUGUUUCAAUUCCUGGGUCGGGAAGAUCCGCUGGAGAAGGGAUAAGCUACUCACUCCAGUAUAAAAGUUUAUUCCUUUGUAUUACUGUAGCCAAUUGUCUCCUAAGGCUUGUGGCAAUAGCCUAUUGUAACCAUGAAAUACCAAGUAUGUUUUUCUAAUUUAAUAAAUACAGAUUGUGAUGACCUGCCAUACAGAAGAUAUGAACAAAGUUCUUUGAAAUAGCAAAUGAACCCAUAAAUAAAGUGUCUCAUGAAGAUAUUAGGAGAGUCAUGCUCAUGUAUUCCAUAAUAUUAAUACAAUUAGAUGAUGAUUUUGUAGAAACUGUUACUCUGUGUGACAAUACUGGUUAGACAUCUGGGUUAUGAAUCAUUUACUCAUGUAAACCAAAUAUAAACCAAGCCAUUAGAAAAUUGAGCAAUUUUAUAAUUCCCCUCACGUGCUAUUGAUAAGGCAUAAAAAUAAUCCUAAAAUAAUCCAAAGGAGAUUUAAAAUUUAUUCACCGUAAAAAUUAAUCCAUAAGUUAGACUCAUAGAAUUUGAAGCGUAGAAAACACUACAAGUCCUGUAGGCCAGUACUCUUAGAGUUCAGAGAACUGAAGCCAGGAAAACUAAAUGACUUAGCGAAGCUGUAGGUAAUUUGUAUCCCCAGUGGGCCUAGGGCUCAGAGCCUAGGACCCAUCAAUUUCACAUAUCCUUUUGUUACAAACUAUCUUUACGAUCAUCUAUAUUAUUGAAUCAUCAGCUGUAUAAAAAUUUCAGUGAGUUCUACUGAAUCUGUUUUAAAUUAAGAAACUCAAGAAUUUUAAAUGAUCUGAUUCACUUAAGCAGCUGGCUGCCAAUUCUCAGAACUCACUUCAGGAUAAAGUUGCUUCUUCAUACAUAAAGAUAUACAUAGGCACAUAAAUUAUUCAAUAUUAUGGUAGUAAGAUACCAUUCCAAUUUCUAGAGAUUCAAGGAACGAUCUUAGAGUUAUAACUUUGUGUUUCUAAAGAGUGUUGUGAAACAUUUAAUCCUGGAUCACAUAUAAGCAAAUAUUGGUGUAUCAUUUAAAAUCUAAUAAUAAAGUUGGUGAUCAGAGCA